UCCCAGUGUGAAUUAUGAUGGUGUACUUGAAGCGACCUUUGGUUGUCAAAUUGCUCAGGGCAUAUAACCUGCUGGUAUGUUGAAUAGCUGAUAAAAUAGAUGCUUUUUGGAAACCCGGCACAUCGAAUCGAAGCAAUGUUGGUAUUCUCGCACUUUAGAAGAGGAUUGGAAAGAUGGCUCCAGAUGUCAACAAUGCAGUGCAGAGCUGUUGCCACUGCAGCUAACCGGUGCUGGAAGUGUGGUAAUUUCGAAGUUACUAACAUGUUUUUCUGUGCAUCCUGUGGCACAAUACGUGAAACAGCGAAGGAACAAGACUUUUUCGAAUUGUUAAAAAUCAACAAGGAAUUCAAGAUCGAUACCUCGACACUUGUGCAGAAUUAUCGACAUAUUCAAAGUAUGAUACAUCCGGACAAAUUUGCUCAGAAAUCUGAGCAAGAAAAAGAGAUCGCGUUAGAAUGGAGCUCCUUGAUUAACAAAGCUUAUAGGACUCUAUCGAAAUCGAUUGAAAGAGGCAAGUAUUUACUUGUGUUGAGCGGUGUUACCAUUUCGGAGGAAAAUACUUCCGUUGAUAAGGAAUUUCUCUUUACCAUGAUGGAUCUUAAUGAAUCCGUGGAAGAUGCACAAACUGCGGAAGAGCUACAAAAGGUAGCAUCACAGUUAUCAGUAGACAUCGAAGAUCUUAAUUCCAAGCUAGUUCAACUAUUCGAGUCGAAUGAUAUGGAUGGAGCCAAAGAAACAAUAAUUCGUCUAAAAUAUUUGCUGAAUGUUGAGAGCACGAUUAAAGAAAAGCUAUUACAGUUGAAUUUGAAAUCGUAAAAUGGUAAGGAUUCAGCGAACAUGUUAGCAGAAAGGGUGUGAACAGUAGUGUGGAAUGAAAUAAAAGUUCACAUUGCUAACGGUUAGUUAGUGUGUUAGUUAGUUAGGUUAUUGUGAAUUACGUAGUUAUCUAGUGUAUAACAAGUACAAGUACCUAGCCGUUUUGUAUGAAUAAACAUAUUUCAACCC